CCGCGGCCGUGCGUCUUUUCCCCGCAGCAGUAGCCGUGCCACGAGAGGAACAUGCCCGUGAUGGGCAACUCUUUACGCGCGGCUGCCCUCUUGGCUUUCGUGGUUCUUUCUAUUCUGGUAUCACUCUUAAUUAGCAGCGUGCAGCAGUUUGGAGCCAAAAUAUCGCACUUUUCCAAUGCAACUCUUGCUGGUGAUGAGGGGGAGUUUGAGUCGCUCCGCGGGGCGUUGAACUCCCAACUCAACGAGAGGCGCAAAGAAAUUAUUCCACUGCUUUUAUUCAAUGGUGAUGAUGAAAACGGACUAUUAGAGGAAAGUCGGCGUUUUCUCCAACAUGACGAAGCACUAGAAUCGAGUUUGGAUUAUAAUUUGUGGAAUGAGAUCACACAUGGCUCCAGGAAAGCGCAUAUGGAUGAAAUGGGUUGUGAGUCUUUAGUGGACAUGCAGGCGGUGGAGAUCCUCGGCUCUGGAUACACCAAACUGGUUGUCAAAGUGAAUUUGGCUGGAGGUCAGCCCGUGGCGUUAAAACUGGUCAAUGAAAAGGGCAUAGACAUGGGCAAGUGUGUGGAGGAUUUUAAAGACCCUCAAGGCUGCCGUGAGCUCGUGUCUUACAAGUUGAAGAAAGAAAUGGUGUUGUUGCAGAGACUGCAGCAUCCAAACAUCAUAAAGCUCAGAGGUCACUGUGCAGGAGAUUCGGGAGGCCAGGGAGGAAGAGUUCAAGGGGCAGAAAGAGUCACAGUCAUUCUGGAGCAGGGGAAUCCUCUCCAGAUGAUCCAGCUGCUCCAGAGCCCCUGGGAGGACAGAUUCAGGGUGUGUCUGGACCUGGUCAGGCUCCUCCAUUUCCUAUCCCAUUCUCCACUGGGCUCCGUGGCUCUGCUGGACUUCCAGCCUCGACAGUUUGUUACCGUCUCGGGUGAGCUGAAACUCACAGACCUCGACGACGCCAGCGCAGAGGAAACAGUCUGUCAGACAGACGCUGACUGCUCCCUCCAGUUUCCGCACCGAAAUUUCACUCUGCCCUGCUCGGCCCGGGGAGUGUGUGAGGGCUUGAAUGAGAAGAUGAACAUUUACAAUGCCUACAGGUAUUUUUUCACCUACCUGCUGCCUCAUCAGGCCCCGCCCGGCCUCACACACCUGGUAGACCACAUCAUGAACUCCACAGGGGAGCUGAAAGCUGACAUCAAUCAGACGCUGGAAGCCUUUGAACACAUCCUCCUCCUCUACAAGUCUGGCCUGCACCUGGACAACCUGCCUCCAUCAAUAAUCAGAGAUUACACCGUGAUACGAGGUAUGGGGACCUCUGGGAAUGUGGAGUACCGCUGCUGGCCGUCCUACAGUCAGCAGGGCUGCGUGCUGUCGGUCCACAGCGCCCGAGAGGCAGCGUACAUCUGUAGCUCCCAUCCUCACUGCAGCAGCUUCAGUCUAAGUGGACACAAGACGUGGACGGGUCGCCUGCUGGCCUCUUUCAGGAGCGGCUUCAGUCAUCUGGUGCCUGAUGAGACAUCCGAGGUGUAUGUGAAGAAAACCAAAACUCCUGAAACUCCUACAGUGUGACAUGAGGAGCAAACUUGUUUCUGGAGAUAUUAACAGAGUGGGAGCCGGUGAUGUGAAGCAAAGCAAAAUGUCGCGCUUAAGAUGAGUACUGUGUCCUCCUCUGAAACAUGUUGAACGCAGCUCGGCUUUUUGAUGUGCAGGAGGAGCGUAGAGGCUGGGCUGAGGAGAAGGCGUUUGAAGUGAGGCAAGUGAAUGUGAUGUAUUUAUAGGGCUUCUGCUCAGUGACUGUUUGAUCUGCCUGCCAGCUCACUGCCUCUGCCAACUACUAUUUAAAGGGAUUUCCCUUCAGGUACAAUUAAGGAGGGGGGAGCCUUGUGCCCUCAACAUGAUUUUUUUUUCUACCUUGUCUUUUUUUUCUCGUGUUGUUUUGAGGCCGGGUCCCCAUAGUAGGAUUUUUAAGCCAAAGAGGUAAUAAGAACAGCCGCCGCAGCUCGGCCGUUUGAAGCCUGAGGACGAGAAAAGAAAACAAGCUCUUAUACAAAUACACUUUGAUGUUAAUGCGCUGAGGUUGCGUCUGUUCUUUCAUGGUUCUCUGGCUUAGCUGCACUGUGGUAUGAGACGGCAACAAGCAUGUAAGCAUUUACAUCAGCAAUGAGCAAAAGAUGAUUGAAACCAUUCCAGAGCAGUUUGUCCCUGCAUACUUUUCUAAACUUACUUUUAUAGUGUUUAGUUCAUAAAUAUUUAUAUGAUCAAAUGAAAUGUAAUUGUUCUUACAUGAUUGUGCAUUAUAUUUUAUGUGCACCUUGUGGGUGAAACCUUUAUUUUCAAUGAAAAAUUAUUCACUUCAGUGUUUUUUUAUACUUCACUUGUUGUAACUGUACAGUUUUACAAUUUGUAAUUUUAUAAAUGUAUUGUUUCUACUUAUUUUU